GCCACGACAUCUCUCAGUUUUCUCUCUGGCCGACAUCGAUUUUGUAAGGAUUGGUCAUCACUGUUUUUGUAAUUCAUGUUGGAUUAUAAUUUUUUGUCACUCAAGCAUAAUGCGGAGAGAAGUUAAAAUUUCGUGGUACUUGUUUUGAGACUUCGAAGGAUUAUUCAUUUUUUUUUAUCAUGAUAAAGAGAUGCAUCGAUGACAAGUUAAAGGAAUGUCCUGUAAUACCUGUCAAACGAAUUUCUCGUUUUUCACAAAAAACGUUGGUUGCCCAAACUGUGGCUAUUCUUCCUGCAGUAAGUGCCUCAAGUACAAAUGCGAUAUUCCCGAUAUAGGAAAGAAGAAAGUUUGCGGACGUUGCUACAAUAAAUUAAACAACAUGAAGGAAUCAAGUCCCGAAGACACUAUACAAGAAGCUUCAAUGUCUAGUGAAAAUUUGCGAAAGAAAAAGAAAUACUGCAUCAUGAAAAGACCACUUGCACCGAUUGACAUUACUAUGAAAUUGGAUUCAUUAGAAAAUCCUGUAAAACCUCCAAUAGUGAUAUAUAAGCAUACAGAUCAUUGGGAUAUGCUUAAAAAGGGAUUAGAACCAGCUGACCAACAAAUUGUAGACAGAUUACGGAAAUUGAAAGAUGAAGAGUGUAACAUUUCAGUGCCUACUAUUGAUGAGAUAAAACAAAGACUAGCACUUUUGAAGGAUCAAGAUCCACAGGCCAGUGGAAGUAAUGUAAUAAAUAUACAUCAAGUAGAUGUUAGAACUGAUCAAGAGAAGGUGGAUGAUCUAAUUCAGGAGUAUCUCGCAGAAAUCGAAUUGCCUUCGACUAGUGAUCUUUGUAAGGAAAUUCAGAUGAAAAGGAAUUCCUCGGAGGAUAAUGAAUUAGUCACCAAAAUUUCAGCAAUGGAAAUAGAGACUCCUCCAAACAUGGAAGAUGAGGAUGAAAAUGAGGAUGAGGAUGAAGAUGAAAAUGAAGAUGAGAUUGAAGAUGAAGAUGAAGAUGAAGACAAGGAUGAAGAUAAAGAUGAAGACGAGUAUGAAUCUAAAAAUGAAUGUUUAAUAUGUUCGCGAACUGCAGAUGAACUAGACCUGUACAAAUGCACAGGUUGUAAAGGCGAUAUUUACUGUUCUACGUGCUUUGAAAGUUUCCAUGAUGAUUUUGAAAUGGAAAAGCACAAAGCAAUUCGCUUUGUCAAGGAAGAUGAAAAAGAUAAAUUGUCUUCUGCAAAAAUGAGCCUUAUACAAAAAUUAUUAACAUCAGAUUCGCAGAAGAGUACCCAUUAAUAAUAGUAUUAUGCAGAAAAAAAUACUAAGUAGCAUUUUGUGAACUUUUUUACAUUAUUUGUUGUGCAUCUAAUAUUUUGCAUAUAUAAUACUAUAAUCUGUAAAUAUUUGUAACAAACGUAGAAAACAAAUAAUUUAAAAAUUCCAUUCGUUUAAUGCAAAUGAUUUUUUGAAAACUGAAGGUAUAUAUAGUCUCUCAAAAUAUGCUUUAUUGCUUUUGGCUGUGUUAUUCUGUAGUUACAGUAAUUCUUAUUUUACGAGUUCAUAUAUUAGUUAUACUAUUAACUUUCUAUUUUAUACAACAGAUAUGAAUAAAUGCACGCAUAUAUAUGAAUAUAAUAUGGAGAUAGGCAUAAGUAAUAUAAUGCAAAUAUUCAACAUAGAAAUUCUUCAAUUUCUAAUGUUCUAAUUUUGCGGAAUAAAGUUAUUUUGGCUAAUUA